GAUGACCGGAUUAAGAUUCGAGGAGGGAAGCUGAUGAUCUCCAACACCCGCAAGAAUGACGCUGGGCAUGUACGUGUGCGUGGGCACCAACAUGGUGGGCGAGAGGGACAGCGAGACCGCCCAGCUCACCGUGUUCGAGCGGCCCACGUUCCUGCGGCGGCCCAUCAACCAGGUGGUGCUGGAGGAGGAGUCGCUGGAGUUCCGCUGCCAGGUGCAGGGAGACCCGCAGCCGUCCGUCCGCUGGAGGAAGGACGACGUGGACAUCCCGCGCGGCAGGUACGACGUCAAGUUCGACAAGGAGGACUACCUGCUGAGGAUCAAGAAGGCGUCGGCGGGCGACGAGGGCACGUUCACCUGCGUGGCGGAGAACCGCGUGGGCAAGGUGGAGGCAUCGGCCACGCUCACCGUCAGGGUUCAAACGCUCAUCCCUGUUAAAGCUGUAAAGAUCAUUAAUGGUGAUGGAGCAGGUCCCAACAUCAGAGGAGCAGGAGAGGGAAAGACAGCCUCCCCAUACAGCACUCAGACACGGACCUUUCACUCCCAACAACAGUGA